AUGUUGACGUGGGCUGUUGGCAUGUUAUCUGGUCUGGCUUUUCUUGGUUAUGGUAUCGCACCUCCUGCAGCCGAUUGGGGCCUGAUGAUUAAUGAAAAUCGUGCUGGGUUAUUGGUUCAACCGUGGGCAGUAAAAGACUUAACGGUGGCAUUGGUCAACACAGGCAAUCAUGUAGUUUCGAAUAUUUCUUUUCAUUUAAACGAGGGCGAAGUCCUUGGGUUGGUGGGAGAAAGUGGUUCAGGUAAAACCACAUUGUCGAGUGCGUUAUUGGGCUAUGCACGACAUGGUGCCAAAAUUAUUCAAGGCACAAUUGCGCUGGAUGGACAAGAUAUCCUCAGUCUUGACGAUCACGCCUUGCGUCAAAUUCGAGGUUAUAAAAUCAGUCACGUUGCCCAAGAUCCGGGAACGGCACUAAAUCCAGCAUUAACAAUUGGACAGCAUCUACUUGAGUUAUUAGAAGUCCAUCAAUCACGCUUAUCCAGUAGUGAAAGAAAUCAUAAAGUUGCUAAAAUUUUAGAUGAAGUGGGAUUGCCUCAGGAUGAUGUGUUUUUAAAACGCUAUCCUCAUCAGCUUUCCGGCGGGCAACAACAACGGAUUUUAUUAGCAUUGGCAUUUUUGUUACAGCCUCGCUUAAUUGUCUUGGAUGAACCGACAACAGCAUUGGAUGUUACAACCCAAACUUUAGUGCUAAAUAUUAUUCGUAAAUUAUGUCGCGAAUAUAAUGUUGCAGCAAUUUAUGUAUCACAUGAUUUGACUGUGGUGAAAGAUAUUGCAGAUCGCGUAAUCGUCCUGUAUUCAGGCCAGAUUGCAGAAGAUGCCGCAUUAAGUCAGUUAUUUGAAACGCCAAAACAUCCUUAUACUCAAGGUUUACUCAAUGCCAUCCCCGAUGUGUCGAUUCGUAAAUAUUUAUCCCCCAUCGAAGGACAUGCACCCUCACCGAAUGACCGUCCAACAGGAUGUGCCUUUGCCGCAAGAUGUACUUUCGCUAGCGAAUUAUGUCAUCAACAGCAACCGAAAUUAACCCUGUUAUCUCAAGGAGUUGAUCCACAUUUUGUUGCUUGUCAUCAUUGGGAUGAAAUGGGUGUGAUCAAUUUUCAAGAGCUUGAUCCGCAUCUGAUUGAAUUAAAAACAGAUCAACAGGCACUGCUUAAAGUAGAACAUAUCAAUGCUUGGUAUGGCCAGCAACAAGCACUUUUCGAUGUUUCUUUUCAAAUACAGCGUGGAGAAUGUUUGGCCUUAGUCGGGGAGUCUGGUUCAGGUAAAACCACACUGUCUAGAGUGAUUGCAGGACUGAAUGAAAAUGCAGAAGGUCAGGUGAUUUUAGCAGAUGAAGUAUUGUCCUUGCAGGGACAAAAACGUCAGUUAACACAACGACAUAAACUGCAGUAUAUCUUUCAAAAUCCAUAUAAAGCCUUGAAUCCAGCACAUACCAUAGGACAGACACUCACUAAAGUGGUUCAGCACUUUUUUGCUACAUCUCAGCAAGAAACUCAACAAAAGGUCGUUCAGGUACUUCAACAAGUAUCGCUUCCUCCACAGGUUCAAGAACUCUACCCAAGAGAUUUAUCUGGCGGAGAACGGCAACGUGUAGCGAUUGCACGAGCGCUGUUAUGUCAGCCUGAUGUUUUGAUUUGCGACGAAAUUACUUCUGCUUUAGAUGUGUCAGUACAAGCAUCUAUUUUAAAACUGUUGCAACAACUGCAAAAGCAAGGCGUAACUUUACUUUUUGUGACCCAUAACCUUGGGGUAGUUCGAGCAAUUGCUGAUCGAGUUGCCGUUUUAAAAAAUGGCCAUCUGGUGGAAUACGGUGAAACCGAUCAAGUACUGAGUCAUCCGCAACAUGGGUAUACCAAAACUUUGCUCACACAUGCACCCAGCUUAUUUAAGACUACAGCACAGCGUAUCUGUGCAUAA